AUGACAGAGAAAAUUGUGUAUUUUGAUCGACCGGCACCGAGAGGAGCAUUGUCGGCUCGUGAACGGAAUCAAUUGAUUUAUGAAAUGACGUUUAAGAGCCUUUGUCUUGACUGGAAAAACAAGCAACGCAUUCGCAACAGUGCCACCACCACGGCCACCACCGAGGACGCCACGUCGCAAUCCUCCUCCAUGACGGCCGCUGAAACUUCCUCCACGGAUGGGGUCGCUUGGUCGCCUGACGAAGACGAGAAUUUGAUUUACAACAUGUGGAGCUUUGGUCCCCUGAAUAUCCUUAUUCGACAUCAAGCCGAUGCCUAUUAUCUUUCACAUCGUCGCAUCUGUCUCAGUGCCAAAUUGGAUUAUCAAAUUGCGCAUCAUGUUGAUGAAAGUAUCACGGCAACCGAACGAGCUCACAAUUGGUUGCGUUCCUACAUUGCCGGUCACGCUAUGAUCAUGGAAGGCCGCAUCGAUGUACCGAACCAAACUCUGGUCCGUGUCGAUAAACGACACAUGCGCGAUAUCAUGGGCGAUAAAUGGCAACCCAUUCAUGAAAGCCAAUUGAUACGCCACAUUUUCACCCAAGCGCAAGAGUAA